CACCGCCUUUUCCGCCUUUUCACUUCCCACCAGACUACAGUUUAUUGCAGCACUUUUAAGAGCCACUCUGUAUUGUUUGUCUGUUGUGUUUGUAUUGUAUUGUCUGUAUUUGUAUUUGUGUUUUAUUUGUAUUGUUUGAGAGCCAUGUCUCUUGAUUCUGCUGUGAGGAUCUUCGAUGAUCCCAGAGAGGCUAGGAUGCACAUGGCAGCAUUAAUUAGUGCUGCAUAUCUCCAAGAGGCCAGGGAAGCCAUGGCCAAAGAAAACCCUGCUGUUCCUCAAAUAAAAAAGAGGAAAAGCAGGAAGAGUCCCCUCCCCAAUCCAGCAGUCAAAAGCAGACGUGAGAAACGUCAACAAACACAAUCAGCUGCACAAACCAGAAGAAGUCAUCUUGUGCAUGAGGAAAGCCUGAAGAUAGAAGAUCAAGCGUUGACAAGCUUUGAAACACCUCUUCAAGAGUUAAAGGACACUCUCACAGCAGUCCCGAUUCCUGAGACAACAAACAUGGUUUCUGCCUGGGCACAAAGGCAGCUUCUCACAGAUGCAAAACUCUCAGCUGAGAGAGUAAUCACCCAAAAGUGCCACAGAUGCUCUGCUGUAGAAGCUGUUGUGAGAUGCCUGGACUGUGUACCACUGGACAUGGAGUUCCUCUGUGCAACCUGUGAUGUGGAGGCCCACAAGAGGAACGUCUUCCAUGACAGAGAAGCAGUGUUCCAUGGUUUUUUUGAGCCCAUUCCCCCAACAACAGCUGUGGUGAUGGAUGACAAUGGCCAGCCUCAGUUUUGUGAACAAUUAUGCCAGCUGCCUGUUUCUACUCGAGCCAUCUGUGAAUGCUCCCAAGACCUCACAGUCAUUCCAGGGAAGCAUAUUUCUGUGGUCACCAUCAAUGGAAAAUAUGAUGUCUGCUUGCCUCAGAAAUCCUGUCCAUCCUGCUCCACAGAAUGGACCCCUGAGGUUAAAGACCUGCUGAGGUAUCGCUACUGGCCAGCUACCACCAGCUGCCAGACCUUGUUCAAAUUUGAUGUGUUCACUACUUUUGAGCAUAUGAAGAUGACGGCACCAGCCAUGUCCAGGCAGGCCUUUCUCAAAAUGUUGGAGCACAGAUCUGUUCAAGCUGGUAGGACAGGCAGUAUCUGUGCUGAUACAUUUCAGCGAAGUUUCUCUGAAUUUGCCUUCUGCAAAUAAAAAGAAGAGGGCAUGUGCCAGGUCCAACCUGAUCUCACAGAAAUCCAUGAAAGGUUGGCAGAAGCAUCAGCAAGUGGACCAAAGUAACUUGGUUGUAAACUGGAGCCUUUUGCAGUGAUCAAGAGAGAAAGAAAUCCUGAUUUACGUGCAAUUUAUUUUGUAAUGCUUCAUUUUUCCAGCUAAAUGAGCCGAGUUUGAACUUUUGUCCUUUUAGGCUUUCACAGAAAGGAGUUCUCUUUUCUUAAAAAUGACUUAAUAACAUAGACUUUAAACAGGCUACACUUUAAAUCUGCUUGUGAACUUUUAUUUAAGCAGAUUAUUGUGACAGUUAUUUGCUUCUGCUUCAAUAAAAAAAAAUU